UGUGUCGACCACAGAGGCUGCUGCCGCUAAUUAUAACCUGCGCUCAACACAGUGGAUUCCUGCAAACUUUUGUUCUGCUUCUGUGGAGCAAGUGGCUCUCUCUCCCUCUCUCUCUCCCUCUCUCUCUCCCUCUCUCUCUCUCUCUCUCUCUCUCCCUCUCUCUCUCCCCCUGCCUCAUUCAGUCCCUCUCUCCCCUUUUCCUCUUUAAUCCGUCCUUCUAUUACGGUAAGAUAAAGGAAAGAGAAAACAGGGAACGAGAUUCACGCGGUGCUUUAGUGACUGUGAGUAAAAGAGCUUGUGUUUUUUUCUUCCCUCUUGUCUACGCCGGGUUGAGCCGAGAGUCUCUUUUGAAAAUUGUUUCUUUUAAAUAACGGGAAUCGGAGAUCAACCUUUUAAAGGAUUCAAAAAGAGUCCCCGCACUUAAUCAGAUGAAAACUGGACGUCAUCGAAUUUAUACCACAAAAGUAAGUAUACGAGGCGGCCUCGGAGCAGAGGGCGGGAUUCCGUGUAUAAGGAUUAGUAGUUUUUCUACUAAAUUUAAAGGAAAAAAAAGAACAUUUAAAAAAAGUUAGUAAUAGAGUGAGAGUUUAUUUUGUAUUAAUUUGUUUGAGCAACUCUGUGUAAACUCUGUUUAAAGAAGAGUCCAACAUAACGAUACGAUAAAAAUAUUUCAGUGUAUUUAAAGUGUUGUUGUUGAAGUAUCGCUGCGCUCAACUUGUGGUUCGCGUCCUAAUUGAGCUGCUCCUCCUAGACGGUCAGUGACACGUUGUAACGUGAGUCUACUGGACAAGUGACAGAUGACAACAUGGUUGUCCACACAUCCAGUCCAUAACGUGUAAAAGUUUAGCAGCGUCAUCAACUUAAUUUUCCGCCACGUGAUUGUGUCAUUUGUGUAUUCCUUCAUUCUUGGUUUUCUUCUUCUUCUUCUUCUUCUUCUUCUUCAUUUCUCCGUCUUAACGAGCUCUGUAAUGUCCUGUUAAUUUUGUGUGGACUAGUUAAUGAGCACUAAUCCGUCACCCCUGGACGCUAUUGUUGCGGGGGGGCUCGCCAUUUAAAUGCAAAUGUCUAACACAGUGACAGCAUGGUGCUUAUUAAACUGAUGUGUCCUUCUGUCUUUUCUGCUGGGACUGUAGAAGAGUCAAAAGACGCCAAACAGCUCGGAGAUCCCGCUCGGACUCUGUCUGUCUGUCACUCGGCCGACGACCUGCUCUGCUACAGCAACGACAUGGAGACGUCACCAUCGGUGGACACAGCCAUGCACCAAGGCCGGACUGGACCCUCCGCGACCCCCAAAAGCCUGGCCUUCUCCAUAGACCGGAUCAUGUCCAUGGACUCUCAGUCAUCGGCGGAGCGGCCGCAGGAGAAGCCGGAGCGGAAGCUGCAGUCGGGACUGUGCUGCCCGGUGCCGUGCAUGAUCCCGCUGCAGCCGGCCAGCUAUGACCUCCAGGCCAAGGCGAUGAUAAACUACUCGGAGUUGUUGCGGGACAAUUUCCGGGGACAUUGUUACAGUUCGAUAGCCGCUCUGUGCAAGGGCAACUGUGGCAGCACCGGUAAAGCCGCACCGAGCGUACGGCAGCCGCUGCUGACGUCCAGGAGCCGGAUGGUGAAGCCGCAGGUCCUGCACCAAGCCGUGGCUCUGCCCGGCACCGACCCGCUCUACUAUCUCAACUGUCUGAAUGCUGCCUACCAGCAGUCGGAGCUGCUGCACGGACACUGGACGUCAGCCGCUCAGCCACAGGACUCUCUGUCAGCGCACUACAGACUCUUUCUGCUGGAGAACGCCAAGCUGACCACGGCGGUCACCGGGUCGCACAAGCUGCCCACGUCUCAGCACCCACACAGGCAGCAUCUGUCCGGCCAACUGGGCCACACCGUGAAGGAAAACCACGGAGUGGCCGCUGAGAAGAGCGGAGUGAAGACACACAACAAACUCUGCGGCGGCAGCACGGACGGAAAACCCAAGAACUUCACCUGUGAAGUCUGUGGAAAGGUUUUUAACGCUCAUUACAACCUGACCAGACACAUGCCGGUCCACACCGGGGCGCGACCCUUCGUUUGCAAAGUAUGCGGCAAAGGAUUCCGACAGGCCAGCACUCUGUGCAGACACAAGAUCAUCCACACACAGGAAAAACCUCAUAAGUGUAACCAGUGUGGGAAGGCGUUCAACAGAAGCUCGACGCUCAACACGCACAUACGAAUCCACGCUGGAUACAAACCGUUCGUGUGUGAAUUCUGCGGGAAAGGUUUCCACCAAAAAGGAAACUAUAAGAACCACAAGCUAACACACAGCGGGGAAAAGCAGUACAAGUGUUCCAUAUGCAACAAGGCCUUCCAUCAGAUCUACAACCUGACCUUUCACAUGCACACACACAAUGACAAGAAGCCCUUCACCUGCGUCACCUGUGGCAAAGGCUUCUGCCGCAACUUUGACCUGAAGAAACACAUCAGGAAGCUGCACGACAAAACCUUCACAGAGGCCUCCAGAGCUCUGCAGAGCUGAGGCAGCAGCCCAGGCUGUGGGGCCUCACCGGUGAUGAUGGCGGUGGCUGAGUUCGGUUUAAGGCUCUGUGUGUGUUCUGUGUUGGUCAGGGCGGAGAGAUAAGGCCAGGUGCUCCAGGUAAAUUAGUCAUGUUUGUUAUCUUGGACUUUAACAGUGAGUCUUACACAGUAACACACACUGUGUGAGACGUACUGUUGGUCUUCUACCUGAGUAUCAGGCCUGCAAUAUGACUCUGUGAAUAUGCAGAAUGUAAGACAUACUGUAGGUGAACUGCACUGCAAGUACACAAUUUGCCACCGCAAAUUAUUGGGUUUCUACAAUUCCUGUAUCUGCAGAAUUUCAUGCUUGUAGUUUCAAGUAUGUCAAAGUAUUGGGUUUUCUGUUCUGUGAAUGAACUGGUUGAAGAAUAUUUUUAAAAAGACUAUUUAAAUUUGUGUUGUUGACGGUGCACUACAAUUUCUGGUCUGUAUUUAAAAGGAAAUGUAUAAAUAAAAAAAUUAAGUUAUAACUUAUAAUUAAAAAGGAAUGUUUGAGCCAUGUUUCAAUUUGAUUCAACAAUAAAU